AUGAACGAGCGUCGCAAAGUCCGGCUCAGCCUCUUGCCAGGGUCGACUCCGUCUGUGGCGCAAAGACGAGCUGCUUUUGAGAAGGACGCUGGCGUUGGCGUUGGCGUGGAGGGCGUUGUUGAGAAGACGCAGAUACGUCGCACCAGGUCGAGUCGCAUACGUCGACGGCACGAAGAGCUUCAGGGAUUACUCGAGGGACAGCCACUGGAACAAAGUCAGCAGCAGGAGAUAGUUAGAGCUGACAUACCUGGGCGUGCUGGGCGGCCGGUCGAUACCAAUAUCAACAUCUCAUCCCGCUGUCCUCCCCCCUUACAACCGCAACCACAGCAACAACCACAGCAACAGUUACAGCAGAACUCUAGAUGGAAAGCUGCUAGAGCUGCCAUUCCUAGAAGACCGUCGACUUUACGAACAGUGACUGUUGUCUCGCCUGAGCCUCCGCUACUCACGCCGCCCCUGACCAGCUACAGCAGCGACUCGGUUUCGUCUGCUGAGCCCUACGUUGCUCCUCCUGUCCAGGCACCAGUCUACCAUGAUAUUGAACGCCCAUGCAAACUUGAACUUGACCGUGAACCCCAAUUGAUUCUACAUACCCCGCCUGCUUCGACGAGGUCGUCAUCACCGUCAGCAUCCUCAUCGACAUCUACGACUACAUCAGACAUGGCUGACGAGAACGGCUCGGAUGGGGGCCUGGUGGUGCCACGUCUAGAGGACCUGCUACGGCAUCCCGAAGAUCUCGAGAAGAUAUCAGUGCUCAAGGCAGAAUAUACCAGAAAAAAAGAGAAUGUCGAUUCACAACUGCGAGAAGGGCUGCGGGACCAGCUCGAGCUCGUUCAGCGGAGUUUGGCUGACCUGGCCGAGGGACGACGGCAGAUCAUGGAUGCAAAGAUGGGACCGCAGGGGAUAGACAGGCUCUGGGCCGAGUCACAGUCUGCUCUCGGUGAUUUCGCACAGAUAGACAAGCUGGCUAAGAUACAGCGGAACUUUGAAGCGGUGCUCUUCAUGAAGAAGGGCAUGGAGACUUUCCACGCGGACGUGGCGGAGGUAGAGCGGAUGCUGAGGGAAGACGACAUGGACAUGGAGAACCAGCCUAACUUGCUGAACGUUCACAUGGCCAUCUCUCGUCUUCGGGAUUUCAGAGACGAAGCCAUGGACCAGAUACGCAGAGCCAAGGAUAAGAGUAGCGAGGCCACGCUGACAGAGCUGUUCGAGGGACUUGACUCGGCCAUUGAGUGGUUUGACGACCAUCUGGGCACGGCCUGCAUGAAUAUCAUCCCGCUCAUCCAGUCUGAUAACCGUAGCAUGGUCGUCAGGCUGGCUGUCGUUAUCGCGAACGAAGAGAAGAAUGAUGCCAAAGUCAGGGCCCUGCAGGAUGCGCAGAAGGACCAUGAAUACCUCGCCAGCAGGUUCAAGUCUAUGAACAUCGGUCCCAAGACCAUCAGGGGAUACAAGGAGAACUUCCUCAAGAGCAUCGAGCUGUACGCUCAGCCCAACUUUGAAGAUUCGAAACAACAGUUCCUAGAUGACCCGGAUAGGCUGGAGAAGAGCUUCAAGUGGUUCUUCAAUGAUCUGUUUACUGUCCAACAGGGGAUGCAGAGCCUGGUGCCGAAGAAGUGGAAGAUAUUCAAGACAUACACCGAAAUAUACCACCGCAUGAUGCAUGACUGGCUGAUCGAUUUCGUCGACGACCCCCAGAUGCCGGCUGCCAACAUGCUGGCCAUCAUCAAUUGGUCAGAAAAAUACUACAAGAAGAUGAAGAAACUAGGCUGGGAGGCAUCCGACCUCGUCCCCAACGUCCUUGAUGACCGCGAGGGCGAACUCGUACAAGACUGGCGCAACCUCAUCGUCAAGGCCCUGGAUGAAUGGAUGGAUCGCAUGUUCAACACCGACAAGCGGGCAUUCCUCGACCGUGACAUGGAUUCGCUCGAUACCAACCCAGACGGAUACUUCCGCACAAAGACCCUCGGAGACAUGUGGCGCAUGCUUCACGAACAGCUGUUGGCGGCCGGCGCCUCGCAGCGUACAGACGUCGCUGAGGGAGUGGUAGACGCCAUGUUCCGCUCCCUCAAGACCCGCCAGUCGAUGUGGCAGACAAUGCUCGACGAAGAAUGCGCAAAGUACAAAACGCCCACUAUCGAUCAGCCCGAGAGUCUCCAACAGUUCCAGGACUGGCUCAUCGCCGUCGCCAACGACCAGAUCGCUUGUAUCGACGACAACGACGCAUCAGGCCAGCUCGGCCACUUGACCCGUUUCAACCGUGACUUCGAACCCCUUGUGACAGACAAAUACCUAACUGCCCAAGCAGCCAACGAAGUCUCUAUAUUACGAGACGGAUACGUCGAUCUAGGUACACACUGCAUAUCUGUCUUCAUCGACCUGAUUUUCUCAGUCGACUUCCGCACCACCUUACCUGAAUUCUUCACCCAGAAGUGGUACGGCGAGUUCGCCAUGAAGCGCAUGAUCUCGACUUUCGAAGACUACAUAAGCGACUACCAUUCUGUCCUCCACCCGUCUCUACGUGACAUUCUCGUUGAAGAAAUCUCCGACGAACUACUCGUCCACUACCUCUCCUGUGUCCGCAACAAGGGCGCCAAAUUCCGCCGUCAAGACCCUUACACCGAAAAGUUCAAAGACGAUAUCCUCACUGUCUUUGGUUUCUUCCAGAAAUUCCCUGACUCCUUUGGCGGCGGCAUCAAGGAUAGAUGGAGACUUGUCGAUUGGCUUGUUCGAUUGCUUGAGGCCGACAAGGCUGGUGUUGUGGUUGUUUAUGAAGGGUUCAAAACUGAGUAUUGGGAUCUACAGCUUUCAUGGGUCGAAGCUGUCCUACGAUGUAGAGACGACUUUGAGAGAUCGAUGGUUAGCGCUAUCAAGGCAAAGGCUGCCGAACUGUCUGUUGAAAUGGGCCCUGAUACGCUGAUGGGGAGAGUCCGGUAA